GUCGUUGACUCUCGGAUGAUGCUGCCACGAAUUAAGAAAAAUAAAGACAACCAGAAAUGUCAAACACAAGCACGAGUUUUCAUAUAUAAAGUUAAGCUAUUUCAUAACCUUUCGGUGCCGUCCAGCGCUAAAAAUAGGGCAAACUGCUGCUCUAAUCUGUUGAAGAUGACAGGAAAAUCCCCACAAUGUUCAAAUUAGCUAAACCACUAGAAGCCAUCUGUUUGGCUUAUCAUCCGCAAUAGUUUCGCGCCACACCGAGGAUAACAGGAACCACAGUCACAUUAGCUAACCAGCUUACUUAACCCAAGUUACUUGGCUGGGUGUGUCAACUUUAAUGCGCAACAAACUAAUUCAUAAAGAGGUUCACUGUGAGAUUACUUCAAUGUGACUUGAGCUGCAGAUUUGUUGCAAGCAGAUAGAAGAAAAUGGAUAAAAUCACACACAAAGACACCAGUCCACAAAGAGAGGGAGAGCUAACUUCACCACUCUCUCCAAAACGGCCAAGGACGGAUUGUACGGUGACAAACAACCAGUGUGGGAAAAGAACCAUUGACUUUCCUGAGCUUUUGACAUUUCGGAAAAUGAUUGGCUCCCCAUCAUCAAAAAAUACCCUACAGAAGAAUGUGGUACGAGUAUGCACAGCAGAAAGUGAAGACAUUCAGAAUGAAAACCUUUAUGAGCAACCACAAGACACUAAAUUUAUUGUCACCCCUAUUACUGCACUCACAGAUGAUGUACACAUAGGAUUGUCUGAAGCCUGUUUUAUCACUGCUGAGAGACAACUCCUACAUCUGGGGAAAGAUGAGCAGCCUCCACUUACUGAAACUGACAAGCUCAGCUCAUGCCCGUCUGAUGGUGCAGGUGGGGCAUUAGCAGAGUCUCACACUUCAAACGACGCCAGCGCUGACACGUCCAGUCAUCCCGGUUGCAAACGGCUGGGGAAAUCACUUGAAGACGAGCCCCCUGGUGGUUGCUGUUUUCCUGUUGGAGAUGACGAAGAUGGGAGACAGGUGCAAAAUAAUGUCAAUCAAAUCCAAGCAUUCACCCUUAGUUUAAGUGAUGAAGAGGUCAAAUGGCCGUCUGAUUGCACUUAUGAAGAUGCUCUGCAUGACGCAGGUUUCUGUAAUAUAUGGAGCCAGAGAAGUAAUCAGAAGAAGAACAAGCCGGUAUUUAGUGAGAAUAUCCUUUUCAGCAAAGAAGAGGAAGAGGGUAACAGUCAUAUAUCUCCCGGUGAUUAUGCAGACUCAAAAUCAUUUUACUCUAACCCAGAAGAGUCUGGGAACUUGGCAGAAGGUGUAAAAAAUGAGGAAAAAGUAUCAGAACUGCAGAUUUGUGAGGAUGAAAAUGUUGCCAACUGUGAUGGGGAAACAAAAGGCAACAUUAAUGAGAAUGGCAUGAGCAAAAAUUCAAUCCCUACUGUUUCUGAAUGUGCUGAAGGAUCAACUGUUUCUUAUGAUGUGGUAUUAGCCAGAAAUAUUGCAGCUGUAGAUGUGAGUGUUGAAGUUGAUGACUUCUGUGAGGCAGAGGGAGAGAAUGCUGCUGGCAAUAUGAUAGCCAAAGCUUGGAGUGAGACAGCUGAUCACACAACAGAGACUCCAAUGCCUGCAAGAAUCAGUCAAGAGCCCGCUGAAGGAGAUAAUGAUCCAGGCCCUUUCGGUGUAAUUGACCCUGCAAUCUGGAGUGAAACUGACAGGGAGGGUGAAGAGAAACGCUGUAACUCUGAGAGUAGUGCAGGUGUAGAAUUAUCUCCAUCAGUAAAAGUCUGCGAGACGGAAACGCUUCUUCCACUGUGUUCUGACGUCAGGCCAUCACAUGUGGUUUCAUCUCCCGGCCAGACCAGGCAGUUUAAUCAGCAAAGCACAACACAGCAGCGCAAAGAUGAAAAAGAGGAUUUAUGUCAGUCGUGCACAGAACCACAGGCUUGUUCCAUCCCCAUCAACGAAACAUACAACAUGACUGGCAAUGAAAGCAGCUGUCAUUGGAAAUCUAGUCCCAGCAGCAGUCCACACGGGCCCACGAAGCCUCCUCCUACUGGGGACGAUAGACACGAAAGCCACAGUUCUGUGAGACAUGAGUUGAAAGAGCAGGAUCAGUCCAGCUGUUUUCCUGUCAGCCCUGACCACCUGAAGACACACAAGGUUGAAUAUUCACAGACUGAGACAACUAAGAUAAAAGAAAGAGAGGAUGUGACAAGUUUUGUGGAACAAAUAAAAGCUGAUGAACUUUGGAACUUGGAGAAAGCAAAGGAGUCAGAGGAAGAACUUCUGCAACAAAAUGAAAAAAACAAAGAAAACACAAACGAAAUAUCAACCGGUGAAUACAUCAGUGACUGGACAGAGGGAGAAACUAGUGAAUGCAACAACAGGUUAACUCUUAUCAAAGAUGAAGCAAAAACUGAAGAAAAGGAAGGAAAAGAAGUGACAAAUGUUGGAGAAGAAAUGAAAACUGAUGGGCACGAAAAUAUUGGUGUGGAGAAGAAUAUUUUGGUGAAAAUAGACAAUGAUCUGCAGCAACAAAAUGAACACAAAACAGACAUGACUGAAGUCUCACAUGUGGGAUCUGUCAGUGAAUGGACAGAGGACAGCGAAGUAAGCCAAGUUAGUCAACUUGAACAAGGAGAUAAACUCAGCCGUUUCCCUGAUUACCAAAAAAGAGCUAAGACAUUUAUGGAUGAAAAUAAAGAUGAACUUUUAGUCUUCACCAUUCCUCCAACAAGUGAUGCAGUUGUGCCAUGCCAGCAUGAUCUCAGCCAUUCACAAAAUGUUAACAAGAACCCCACAGCCCUUAACUGUAAUGACAGAUUUUCCCCAGUGCCAUCUGCCUUCACUUUCUAUGAUGGGGUGCCGGGGGGUUUUGACACUUUCGAAAAAAUCCAGCUCUCACCAGACGGUGAUGAUGAUGACGAUGCUGCUGGCCUGGGCAGCAAGCCUCUCCUCACCAGCUUGCCCGGGCAGCUGUUGAAAACAUCAGAGCGACAACUUUCCCACUCCAUGCCAGGGGCAGAGAGUGACAAGUACGAUGAGAUACCAGGAGAGGAGGAAGAGGAGAAAGAGGCGAAGGAGGAGGUGGAAAGAUUGGAGUGUCACAUUGAGAACAUGGUAAAUGAAAUUUUGAGCACUGAUUCCACUUGUAAUGAAAUGCCAAACUUUAUCUCAGAAGCAGAUAUUAUUGCUUUCGCAUGGCCAGAGCAACAGCCUCAGUGUAAAUCAGCCUGUGAUUCUGAUGAGCACAUUGAGGAUGAAUUCAACCCUCAGUUGGUGACCUCCACUGUUUCCACUGACAGUGACAGUCCAUCUGAUGUGAACGGCUGCCCUCAGUUUGAGAUGAAAAAGCAAUUCGACGUGGUCCUGAAAGAGCUGAACUUGUAUUUUGACAUUAGUAUAAAUGAGUUUUCAAGCGACAGUACAGCAUCGACACCAGAGCAGUGUAGUGAUACAGCUGAAGUGUUGGUGGGCGAUGCCUCAAACUGCGAAGAACAUAUCAGCAGCCCAGAGCUGGGACACCACAGAGACACACCCUCAGAUGGUGCUGAUGAAGACUGUCUGGAAAUGUGUGGCGGUAAUCCAGUGGUUUCUUGUAGCACUGGCAGAUGUGACAGUGAGCAAGAGGUGCCCGUUGGCAGCCAGAUGUGCCAGGAGACACCCGAGUCCACUGCAGAGAAACACAGAGAGCCUCAGGAGAUGGAGCAGAGGAGGAAAAUGUGGUCUCCAUCCUUCAUGUGUCCACCAUUCUUGGGAGAACUGAGCCUCAGACCACCAGAGCCGCACAGGAGACUCGAGCCUCUGAGAACAUGCACACGGCCGAUCCGGGUUGGACUUUCAAAGAGAGCCAAGACCAAACACCUACACCGCCCCCACCCUUACAAAUGAACAUUGGAAAUGCAAUCAAGGUUAUGUGUGCAUGAAUGUUAAUGAAGCUCUUAAAAGCCUCUUUUGUUGCCAUGUUCAGUGGCUUAGAUGUUGUUCUCUGAUUUACAGUGUAUUGUUCAUGGUUUUCAUGUACCUCUACUCUCAGUUUUUGUGAGUGGUUCUGGUUCCUGUACAGUUUAACUAGAAACUUUAUUUAGAGAAGGUUAACUACACAAAAUGUUCCACAUGUGCACAUUCACAUGCACCCUCCCAUACAAUCCCAGUUUGCUGCUGUUUUCUCCAGCUGUAAAAAUCUGCUGAUUUUAAAC